AUGGAUAGAGAAAAUCAGCCAAAUCGUCCAACUCAUUCGACUGUCAAGGGCAAUCAUUCAAAUCGUCCAAGUUAUCCGGACAUUAGAGGGAAUCGUCCAAACCGUCUAACUUAUCCGGAUGUUAGAGAGAAUCAUCCAAACCGUCCAACUUAUCCGAACGUUAGAGGGAAUUAUCUAAACCGUCCAAAUUAUCCGGUCGUCAGAGGAAAUCAUCCGAAUCGGCUAACUCAUUCGAACAGUAGAGGAAAUUAUCCAAAUUGUCCAACUCAUCCGAUUGUCAGAGGAAAUCAUCCAAACCGUUCAACUCAUCCGAUCGUCAGAGAAAAUCAACCGAACUCUUCAACUUCUCCGAUUGACAGAGAAAAUCAUCCAAACCGUUCAACUCAUCCGAUCGUUAGAGAAAAUCAUCCAAAUCGUCCAACUGAUCCGAUCGUCAGAGAAAAUCAACCAAAUUCUUCGACUUUCUCGAUUGACGGAGAAAAUUAUCCAAACCGUUCAACAACUCAUCCGGUCGUCAGAGAAAAUCAACCAAACCCUUCAAUUUCUCCAACUAACAGAGAAAAUCAUCCAAAUCGUCCAACUGGUCUGAUUGCCAGAGAAAAUCAACCAGACCCUUUGAUUGACAGAGAAAAUUAUCCAAAUCUUCCAACUGAUCCGGUCGUCAGAGAAAAUCAACCAGACCCUCCAACUUCGCCAAUUGACAGAGAAAAUCAACCAAACGUUUUAGCUCAACCGAUUGGCAGAGAAAAUCAACCAAAUCCUUCAACUUCUCUUUCUCCGACUAACAGAGAAAAUUAUCCAAAUCGUCCAAUUCACCCGACUGGCAGCGGAAAUCAUCCAAACAUUCCAGUUCAUCCAAUCGACAGGGAAAUUUAUGGAGACAAUCUGAUUGACAGGGAAAUUUAUAGAGAUCAUCCGAUCGAUAGGGAAAUUUAUGGAGAACAUCCGAUCGUAAAAAUGUUUCGUCGACAUCUACAUACUAAUUUACAUGCAAUGAGACGUAUAGUUUUCAUUCCGUCAUUAAAUCCUUGCAAGAAUUCCUUAAUUGCGUGUGUUGCAGCGCUAUAUUCGAUGAAAAGAAAGCCUACGGCUGAGGUUAUGAGGAAUGAAAAAGGGAAAGUUGGUGACUCAGUGUUUGUCGCUUUCGGUAAGCCAGCAGCGAUAAGAUUUGCUGAUACCUGUAAACAGAAUAGUAUGGAUAGGAAUUUCAAACAUAAUAUGUCCAGUGGUAACCCGCGAGGGAAACCAAGAAGAAAUGGAUCUAUUCCAGAUUAUGGUGGUCAACAUAUUGUAAGCUCUCAAGUGCCCGUUGCAGUGCUACCGCCCGGGCAGCCACCACAACCUUUGGUUAAUGGAAAUACUGGGCAACCACCCCAACAACUUUCAUUCGCUAUACCAAGUGUAGACAACGCACAUCCGCCACACACUACAGGCCAAUAUCCCACUGUUACACGGAUGCCGCCUAGGAAUCUUCCGAAUCCAAGUAUGCAAUUUGCAGCGGGCGAAGCACAUGUAGAAGGUGCACGUCCGCAGCAAGGUAAUCAUCAGAUAACAAUACACACUGCCAGAUAUCAGACGCAACCAGUUCAGACACAACAGAAUUACCCUACUUCACAGUUGGCUUACCCGACAGCGCCACCUAAUUCGAUGUAUAAUUCGAAUGCCAUCUAUGGCGCGCACAGUUUUAUACCCAGCAAUCCGCAGUCAUUUUAUUACCCUCCGGUUGUUGCUCCGGUUUAUUCAUAUUUUCCUCCUGCACAACCAACAGAUUACAUCAAUCCGGCGGCAGCGGCAGCGGCACGCAUGAAUGUAGGUUACAAUCAAAAUCCGUUUCUAAUGCAAGCUACUGCAGCUGCAACACCACCCACUGCACCACCUGCAACGACAACUACAGCUGGAGUAGCUGGCAGUAUACCACAACAACCAUCGCAACAACUGACAAAAACUAAGAAAAUUUUGUCAAUAGUUGAUCCGAUGACGAACGAAGUAACGAAUAAGGAUCAUAUCAUUAGAUCUGAAAAGGAACAACAACAAAUCAUGCAACAGAACGUGGAAAAUGCUGAUACUGGCAAGUUUAAUCAGUUUGUCACUUUAUUAGCAGUUUAUAAUUUCUAUAUCUAUCUAGUUAGCUUGCUUAUACAGAAAACCAUAUUUCAGUCGCAUUUGCAUAACGACGUCAGUGGUUCAGGAGAUGAUGAGCCGCUAUUGCGCCGUAACCGAUGCAAUUCAUCCCUCAUGCAGCUAGGAAGUAGCAAAAAAGGCCCGUCGUCAGGACAGGAUGUGAGACGUGAGCAGCCGUCGUCAUUUCCUUCAAAUGCAUCUCAGAAGUUCACAAUGCAGGUUGUGCAAUCAGUAUUAGGUGGUUCUAAUGCUGUCAUCGCCGUGACAUCUACUCCAUCACCUACAAUCAGUGCCGCAUCUUUUCCAGCGCAGGCAGUUCAAAACGAUACAGUCGGUGAUGUCGUACCACGACCAUCGACAUCAGCUCCACCAAUAUCUACUGUCAUACCACCGUCUAAGGAGAUCGAGAGAAGUGCUCCACCCGAAUUGUCAGCAGAAGAAACAAAAAUUGUAGAAGCACCGAAAUCAAUAGAAGGAAAUGAUUCGAUUGUCUCAGCUGAACCACAAGUAUUAGAUGAACAAAUUGAACAAGACAGCAAACAGGAAAAGGAGUCUCAACAGAUUGCUGAAAUGGCGACACCUGUUAUUACAAAAGAUUGUACAGAACAGGAUGUGGGAACCGCUAUUAUAAAAGCAGGUGAACUUUCGAAACAAGAAGAAUGUCAAGAAGAUGAUGAAGAGGAUGAAGAGGAUGAAGAAGACGAAGAAGAACGUCGAAAACACCAACUACUGCAGCGAGCAGACGCUGAUGAUACCGUUCUUUCGCUUUCAAUGCAGGGUCAUUCUGUUGUCGAAAUAGUACACGAAGAAGAAACCGAAAAAGAUGAGAAAUUUUCCGAAGUAGAAGAAAGUCCUGAGGCAAUGCGAACGAGAAAAAAACAAGAAUAUAUUGCUAAACAGAAGGAGAUGUUGCAGAACGAACAUAAUGUUCAAUUGAAUGAACGCAUAUACGGUCAUGAUUAUUUGUUUCUGAUACGUGACAUAGUUAAAGAUAUCUUCAUGGAUUCCGUACUGCCUGUAAAAGUAUCAGACUUGAAAGAUCUUGGCAUCGAUAUUGCUUCGGCACCUGCCAAUGGGACUAUUGGUGACCGUCAGCGCCGUUUCGAUAGCGCAGUUGGUGCUGGUGCUCGAUUCAUACCUGGUUGGGUAGAUAAAAGCCAAUCAAAACCAAAAGCAUAUCAUGGAAGACUUAGCGAUCGGACACAUUCAAAUCAGCGUGAACGUGACCGGAAAAGGGCAGCGGUAAGUCGGCCAUCAAUUGAUCGGCCCAAUCGUGAACCAGUAAAGUUGCAUAAAGCUGAAAAUGCAUGGAAACCGGAACGAAAUAUUGAUGCCAGUCAGAAACUGUAUAAGAAUGUUCGCAGUUUGUUAAAUAAAUUGACGCCAUCAACAUUCGAAGAACUUGCACGGGACUUUUUGCGUUUUGAAGUAUAUAAAAACAAGGAACAAAUGGGUGAAGUGAUCAACAUUAUCUUCGAUAAAGCUGUUGAGGAACCGAAUUUCUGUGCUCUCUAUAGUGAUCUUUGCAAAAUGCAAGUGGUGAAAGAAUCGAAGGAAUCGAAGGAUAAAUCAAAAUUUCGAAGUGCAUUACUGACUCGAUGUCAGAAUACAUUUGAGGAGAAACGAAUGUCUGAAAUCAACAAUAAGAAAAUUGAAAUGGAGAAAGAAACUGAUGAGAAAAAGAAACGAGAACUGAAAAUAGAAUUGAUGGAAAUGGAAGCUCGAGAACGGCGGCGAAUGUUAGGCAAUAUAGGAUUUAUUGGACAACUAUUUAGGCAUGAAUUGAUAGUGCCACGGAUUUUGAAUUGGUGUAUAGUACAUUUGCUCAAAAAUCACAGUGAAUCACCGGAUGGUGAUGAAGAAAGUAUAGAAUGUGCGGUCAAAAUGCUUGAGUCAGUAGGUAAGUUGGCUGAUCGUCAGUGUCAACAGCAGCAACAAGCAAGCUAUCAGUUGGGAUCAUCGGAUUCACAUGGACAAAGUGCACAGCAUGAUCAUCCUCAAGAAGCACAGAAACACGAAGAAUUUAAUACGAAUCUUUAUUUUGAACAUCUUAGAGAAGUUUCGACAAAAGUAUCAAAUCGCGUUCGGUUUUUGAUCCUCAAUCUUAUCGAACUAAGAGAUAAUAAAUGGGUACCACGGACAUCUGAAAGUGGACCAAAAACUCUAGAAGAAGUACAUGAUGAAGCACGAAGAGAAGAAAUGGCAAAUAGGUUACAGCGUGAACAAUAUGCCAAUAAAAAACGAUAUGAGGGUCGGACUUCGUUAGAUAAGCGUAACCAAAGGCCAGUAUUGAUUGGAAGGCAGUCACAGGAUGGUCGUCAAUACGGACCGAGAGUUGGUGAGCCAAAUCGCGAUCAGAAAGCACGAGCUGCUGGAGCUGCUAAUCUAGUUGCUAAUACUGCUAGCAGGAAAAAUCAAACUCUAAAUAGCGUUGAUCAACCACAGUCACUCGGUGCACGUCGACCUCCAUUUGCAGGUGGUGCAAUUGGUGGAGGUCAACAAAUGGAUAGGAAUAUAUUAUCUCGUGGUACGCUUGGUCGUGGAGCGGGCCGUGGCUCGCUAGCUUCUAGAGACAAUUCUCAACCGUCUAGUCGAGAACCGUCAGAAUCUAGGAAGUCUAGAGACGACGAACGUAGUGCAGCCAUUGCAGCGGCAAGCGCUGUAACGCACAGUGCAAGCGCUAAUGCAUUGAGGCGUGGAUAUGCGGGUAUAAUAGCCGGUGGUUCAUCACCACCACCAUUAACCGUAGAUGAUGAAAAAAAAGAUGGGAACCAAGUUAACAGAGGAAGUGAAUUGGAUGAGAAGGAAAUAUUUGGAUCACUCUACCGAGAAUUGCAUGAUUAUUUCUCCGAUAGCACAAAUAUUGAACUGCUAUUCCAAUCAGUCAUGGAAAUAAUGAUCGAUGAAAAGACAAUGAACAUAGACCUUCGUCGUGUUCGACAAGCAUUUCGAUUGUUGAUGAAAAUAGGUGUUGAAAAAACUAAUGGAGAUAUUCGAAAUCCACGAAGGCGAUGUGUUGGCCAAGUGAUAUGCAGGUGUUUGCAACGACCUGACAUCAAAGCACAUGCUCUUCGAGGGGUUGCAGACUACUGCACGCAAGUGGUGGAAGUGGAACUGUGGGAAGAUAACAUGAGGAUAUGGGAAUGUGUGGCGGAGGUGAUAAGUUGGUCAAUAAUGUGUGAAGUGCAACAUUUUGAAGGUCCUCGACCAUCUUUAGGGGAUUUCAAGGAAGCAUUUAAGAAUGCUGAUGCUGAUUCAAGGAAGCCAAACGCCCUUCUUGUCAAUGUGCUCAAACGACUAGUAGAAAUAGAGCAUGAUCGCGACGGACAGGUAUCAUCAACAGGAAUGGCAUUUGAUGAAAUCAAGGAUUUACAUUCGGAUUCGCUGAUGGAUGAGCUCAAAUCAUGUCAGUUAUCAUUUGGCAAAAAUCUCUAUCAAUUAUUGCUCAACUAA